AUGUUCCAGACCUUAAUAAAAAAUGUUUGGACUCCAUUGAAGCCCUACUAUACCCAGGUUUACCAGGAGAUCUGGGUAGGAAUGGGUGUGAUGGGGUACAUUGUUUACAAAAUCAGAAGUGCUGAUAAAAAAGCCAAAACUUUGAAAGGUUCAGGUUCAGCUGCUUCAGCUCAUGGACAUCAUUAACAGGAUUUACCUUAGGAUUGUGCAUAAUGUGAAACAUCAGGCUGGCUGUAAAUUUGGGCAUUUGACGAUAGAAGAAAGAAUGCAAGGAUUUCCCAUAUUAACUCUUAGGCUUUCACAGUGAAAUAAAGUCAUAUAUAGACAAAUAAAUUAUUGUGUUCCAAUUCAA